CUGCGCGCAUGCGCCCGAGACAGGGAGUGCGCCUGCGCCCGAGGAGUGGCUUUUUUCCCUCCCCUUGGUAACCGUCUCGCUCAUCUAUUCCCUGGCUCUUAGCGGAGGGUCUCCCACCGGUCCGGCUUCCUCGCGAGUUAGCGCCGCCGCCGCCGCCGCCGCCAUGCAGGGAGAGGACGCGCGGUACCUCAAAAGGAAGGUAAAAGGAGGAAAUAUCGAUGUGCAUCCUUCAGAAAAGGCACUUAUUGUUCACUAUGAAGUAGAAGCUACAAUUCUUGGGGAGAUGGGAGAUCCCAUGUUGGGUGAACGCAAGGAAUGUCAAAAAAUCAUUCGGCUGAAGAGUCUUAAUGCAAACACAGACAUUUCUUCCUUGGCUCGGAAGGUGGUGGAGGAAUGUAAACUUAUUCACCCCUCCAAACUAGCGGAGGUAGAACAAUUGCUGUAUUACUUGCAGAACCGAAAGGAUACUUCAUCAGCAAAAGAAAAGAAAGAGAAAUCCAGUAAGCCGAAAGAUCCGCCACCUUUUGAAGGAAUGGAGAUUGAUGAAGUAGCCAAUAUCAAUGACAUGGACGAAUAUAUUGAGUUACUUUAUGAAGAUCUUCCUGAUAAGGUCCGUGGCUCAGCACUUAUUCUGCAGCUAGCCAGAAACCCUGAUAAUCUUGAAGAACUUCUGCUGAAUGAAACUGCACUAGGGGCAUUGGCCAGAGUUCUACGAGAGGACUGGAAACAAAGUGUUGAACUUGCUACUAACAUAAUUUACAUUUUCUUCUGCUUCUCUAGCUUUUCUCAGUUUCAUGGACUCAUCACACAUUACAAAAUUGGAGCUCUCUGCAUGAAUAUAAUUGAUCAUGAGCUGAAGAGGCAUGAGCUCUGGCAGGAAGAACUCACCAAGAAGAAGAAAGCUGUUGAUGAAGAUCCUGAUAACCAAACUCUGAAAAAAGAAUAUGAGAAAACCUUUAAGAAGUACCAGGGGCUGGUUGUCAAGCAAGAACAGCUGCUUCGAGUUGCCCUUUAUCUGCUGCUGAAUCUUGCGGAGGAUACCCGUACUGAGCUGAAGAUGAGGAACAAGAAUAUUGUCCAUAUGCUGGUGAAAGCUCUGGACCGGGAUAACUUUGAACUGCUGAUACUUGUGGUGUCAUUUCUGAAGAAACUCAGCAUUUUUAUGGAAAACAAAAAUGAUAUGGUUGAAAUGGAUAUUGUUGAAAAACUGGUAAAAAUGGUGCCAUGUGAACAUGAAGACCUGCUAAAUAUCACUCUACGACUUUUACUGAACCUUUCAUUUGAUACGGGCUUGAGAAAUAAGAUGGUUCAAGUUGGACUUCUUCCAAAACUCACUGCACUCUUGGGAAAUGAAAAUUAUAAGCAAGUGGCUAUGUGCAUUCUCUAUCACAUAAGCAUGGAUGACCGUUUUAAAUCCAUGUUUGCAUACACAGACUGUAUUCCACAGUUAAUGAAGAUGCUGUUUGAGUGCCCUGAUGAACGUGUUGAUUUGGAGCUCAUUUCCUUUUGCAUUAAUCUGGCUGCAAACAAGAGAAAUGUGCAACUUAUUUGUGAAGGAAAUGGACUGAAGAUGUUGAUGAAGAGAGCACUAAAAUUUAAGGACCCAUUACUGAUGAAAAUGAUUAGAAACAUCUCUCAGCAUGAUGGACCCACUAAAACUUUAUUUAUUGAUUAUGUAGGUGAUCUAGCUGCUCAGAUAUCUAAUGAAGAAGAAGAGGAAUUUGUGAUAGAAUGCUUAGGAACCCUGGCAAAUCUCACCUUGCCUGAUUUGGAUUGGGAACUUGUGCUGAAAGAAUACAAACUGGUACCAUAUCUCAAAGAUAAAUUAAAGCCAGGUUCAGCAGAAGAUGAUCUUGUCUUGGAAGUGGUAAUAAUGAUUGGAACAGUAUCCAUGGAUGACUCCUGCGCAGCACUGCUGGCUAAAUCUGGAAUUAUUCCGGCACUUAUUGAACUGCUAAAUGCUCAACAGGAGGAUGAUGAAUUUGUGUGUCAGAUCAUUUAUGUGUUUUACCAAAUGGUUUUUCAUCAAGCCACUAGAGAUGUCAUCAUCAAGGAGACACAGGCUCCAGCAUACCUUAUAGAUCUGAUGCAUGAUAAAAAUGCCGAAAUCCGUAAAGUCUGUGAUAAUACACUGGACAUAAUUGCGGAGUAUGAUGAAGAAUGGGCUAAGAAGAUUCAGAGCGAGAAGUUCCGAUGGCACAACUCUCAGUGGCUAGAAAUGGUGGAAAGUCGCCAGAUGGAUGAAAAUGAGCAAUAUUUAUAUGGGGAUGACCGCAUUGAACCGUAUAUCCAUGAAGGAGACAUUCUAGAAAGACCUGAUCUUUAUUACAAUGCUGAUGGACUGAUAACACAUGAUGGGGCAGUGAGCCCAGAUUUCUUCAAUGAUUACCAUCUGCAGAAUGGAGAUCUUGUGGGGCAACAUCCUUUCUCCAGCAGUGUUGCAAUGGAUGGAUUUGGCCAGCCAGUGGGUAUGCCAAGCCGCCCCACUACUGCUUAUGGAUAUCGACCUGAUGAACCUUACUACUACAGCUUUGGAGCUCGAUAAAGCACUCUGCUGAGUUGAACUGUUAUUUCUUGUACUUUGAAUUACUGUAGCUGAAUUAAGGUUUAGUAAUGUAUAAUGCUAGUUUUCCAAAUCUAUGUGGUACAUCCGCUUUCGUUAUGAGUUUAUAGUAGUGAAACGUUACUCAUUUAGUGACUCUCAGCCACCCCCGUUAUUUUCUGUUGUACAGUAUUUGCCAGAUGUUACAGUCUACUAACUGGAAAGUCAACACUGUUACAUGUAUUAAGCAACUUAUUUAAUUACUAUUAAAAGCAGAUUAUGUAGUCUGUGGUACUGAAA